AUGGACGUUCAUUCAAAACUUCAAAUACCAUUUUUGGUUCAGCAUGUGGGCCGCAAGGUCAUUCAUUAUCCUGGUGAACAGACCAGGACCCAGAGCAUUGCCCGGAACCCACUGCCUGGAACCCAGGCAACACUGAAAUAUGAACUGUCAGCACACCUCCCUCGAGGACAGUUCACAGUCACUGGGUUCACAGGCUCCACCCCUUACCCCGGAAGCGCUCACUGUGGGUGGAGAUUUCUGGGCCAGUUGGGGAAGUGGAGCUUCAUUUUUGUCCGACAUCUUAGCAAGGCUGUAGGGGUGGAUGCUGCUCUCCCCAGCUUCACUGUGCCCCUCGAGGAUGACAAGAAGAGAGAUGCGGGAAAAUUGGCCAAAAAAGACAAAGACCCAGUGCACAAAUCUAGGGGCAAGGCCAAAAAGAAGUGGUCCAAAGGCAAAGUUUGGGACAAGCUCAGUAACUUGGUCUUGUUUGACAAAGCGACAUAUGACAAACUCUGUAAAGAAGUUCCCAACUAUAAGCUUAUAACUCCAGCUGUUGUCUUUGAGAGACUGAAGAUUGGAGGUUCCCUGGCCAGGGCAGCCCAUCAGGAGCUCCUUCGUGCAGGACUGCUUAAACUGGUUUCAAAGCACAGAGCUCAAGUAAUUUACACCAGAAACACCAAGGGUGGAAAUGCCCCAGCUGCUGGUGAAGAUGCAUGAACAAGAUCCAACAACUGUACGUUUUGGAAAAUAAAACUUUAUUGAAUCAAAAAA